UUAAGCGAUGGAAACAUCUUAAACGCAUUUUGUAUUGCAUCAGGAAUUUUGUUCGCGUCAAAGCUAUGUUCGUCCGUUGGUGUCGUUUCGGACGAAGACUGUUUAUCACGAGGACGGAACUGUACUUGGUGCUUAAGCGAUGGAAACUGUGGGUUUUGCGAUCGAUGCGGAGAUCAUUGUCAUAAACCAGGGGCGAUUCAUUCACUGGAAAACUGUACGAACUGUGCGUCUUGUAUUCCGGGAAACCUUGCUGGAUCAAAAAAUAAAGGACAUGAAUGUCGCGCAGAAUGGUGAGUAUUUUACAGCAUAACAAACGGACGAGACUCCCUUUUCUUAGUUUCUCGAUCGAGAUAAAUAAAAUUACCCUCAUGCCUUCAGCCCGAUAUCUAUUUCCAGCGGUACUAGAAUGUCGUUAAUGGGCCUUUUUAUAGUCAUUGCUUAUGAAAUAUCAUGAUGUUAUUGACAAGCUUUCGUAUGAAAAGAUGGCGUGUUCUUUUCACAAUAAGGCCUUUUGCCUUUACCCGUCAAUGUGCCAUGUUUAAAUUGUCCUCCCCAAGUUAAAAGAUAAUUUUAGAGCUCUCCCUUCCACAAUUUUUAAGUAACAUUCCUUUUCAGGCUCCAAAAUAGGCUGCUUCAGUUUAGUCAGUUUACAUGACAGUGACAUGACCGAUUUUGUAUCGGUUUUGACAGACAUUUAUCAACAAAGGCUAUUCGAUUUGCUUUGAUUAGGCUUACAUUAUAAAAUGCAAUCGUUAUAUUUCAUUGCUGCGAAAUAUUUUCAUUGCUGCGCGAGUUCAUCUCAACAAACCUGUCGUCCUUUGUUGAUUUUUUUUUUAUGAAAAUAACUUUCUGUAAUUACUCAAAAUUGCAAGGUUUCAUUCUCGCCCGUCUUUCAAGGAAGGGAAAUUAUUGUUAUCAUGAAACGUCAUGAUUUCAUUGAAAAGGGAAAUUAUACUGAAAACCCUUCAAAAGGAGAGGCCCCGGUCUGCAUGACGGACAUCUCUACUGGGCAGAAUAAAUUGUUGCUUUUCUCCAGAUGAUUUGUGGGUACGCUAGGGAUAAUCUCUUUUUCAAACGAACGGAGCAUAUUAAUUCUCGAGAAGAUAUGAAAUGGUUUAAAAUGGAAGUACUUUUCAUGGUUUGUAGCUCAUCACCCAUUUGAUUUUAAUUGAAGAGACUGGGGCAAUGUACUUCCAAAUUGAUUGGUAAUAUUUCUGUGGAUUAAUAGUGCCGCCAUCUUAUAACUGCUCAAGAAAAUGUUUUAUUACCUCUUGCAAAUGUUGGGAAGCUAGGGUUGGGUGGUAAACACAGGAACAAUCACACGGCAGACGCAGAUAUAGGAUAAAUAGUACCGAAGGCACAAGCUUCUAGGGGGGUCUGGGGCAAAUUUUUAGGAUUUUAACUCCCUAAACCCCUUUACUGAAUUUCUGAGUUGCGGUAGACUAGUUUGUUAGUAUGACAGCGACAAGUCGGAUUUUCUUGCUGAAAGGACCGAGAGACUGAGCUUACUACCCUAUCCCCCUUGCUAAUUUCCACCAAUCAGAAUUGUUGAUACUUUUAACCAGGUAUUAUUACGAAAAAUGUCCUGAAGUUGUCAGCGAACAGAAGACAGUAUACGUGGAAAUAGCUCUUUAUCUUAUAAAUCUCCAUUCAGUGGAUCUGAAGGCUGGAACCUUUCAUGCUGACUUCUAUCUGUACUUCAAAGGUAUAUAAAAAAAACGUUAUAGCAGAAGGCCCAUGGUUUGGCCAAAGCCUCCUGUUUUUCACAUUCAAUUCUUCAGAGGUACUUCCUAGGCUUACAAAAAUGACAUACUGUAAACCGUUGCUUACAAGCACUGAGCAAGCUCUCCGGGGCGCUCUGGCGGCGGGGCGCGAAAAGGAAGGAGAGCUUGCAACUACAUCUCUGGAAUUUGAAUUCCGCCUCCAAUUCCCUGUGGCUCCCCUUCGACUGUGGAAAAGAGAGCGAAAAACACGUGCCAAGGGUUAUGACGUCAUUACUAAUGUCAUCUCCUCCAAUCAGCAUUUCGCAUCGACUUUUUCGAUGCAGAAUCAACUUCCAGAGAGGUAGUCGCAAGCUCUCCUUCCUUUUCCCGCCCCGCCGCCAGAGCGCCCCCGCAGGGCUUGGUCGCAGGCUACCUGACUGGUUUGUGAGCUAGGAACUGUGCUUCUAUUUAAUAGGUUUUGAAAAGUUAUCAGGUCUUCCGAGAAACGAGAAAAAAAAAACAUCGCGGACUUGUACAUUUUUGAGUGAACUUAACGUGAUCACUUAUCACUUUUGUAUUGAUUGGUUUGUCAUAAUCUGUAACGGUCAGUUUUUAAAAUGUAUGUUAACCAGCACACGAAACUCCAAAUCCAACUUUACAGCGUCUGGGUAUUCGAUCGAAUAAAACACUUCUCAUAUCUUAUUUAUUGCAUUAGCAUACUACGUAGCAACAUGUAAUAACGCCCAGCAGAUAUCUUUCCAAGAUAUCCAGAGGUUAUCUGACGCUUGACUCUUUUUUUAGUACCUGAGGGACAGACCAUGUAUACAAAACAAAAAUGCCAUGAUGGCCUUAAAGGAGCUUGCUUUGAACUGGUUAAUGCUGCAGGACAAGCAGAGGUUAGCAAAUCAACUAAAAAGUAACUCACUAUCAGUAAAAGACAGUUAGCACUUGCCCAAAUCGACGGCAAAAUUUGUUGAGACCUCUUCCCCAUCCCUUCACACAAAUUUGGGUUGUUUGAUUGUUUCCUACGGGCUGCCUGAAUGGCGUCAAAACAUUGUUUAGAGGGGUUGCGGGAAGGAAAAGCUUCACCUUACCCUUUUGGAGAAGGCAUUGACAGCAAAGAGCGCAGGGUUUCAGUAAACGAUAUAGGUGAUAUUCGUAACACAAACUAAGACCAACCUUCACUGACAUGACUUGUUUUUUAAACGAAUUUUAUCUGGCUAAUUUCGGUUUUUUGAUAGCCUUGAACAAAAAAAAAAGCUCUCCUCAGUGUAAAGAGGGCAGCAGAUGAGAUGAAGGUCAGGAUGUUUGACUACUUCUUUUUUUCUUUCUGCAAGUGGUCAACACCAAAUGUAGGCAAAUAUUGCAGCUCAUUAUUAUUUAUGUUUUUGUAGGUAUCCAGUCACGAGGGAAAAUAUUUUAGGGUGAAAUCAGCUUUUAACUUUGCAGCGGAUCUCCAAGACUAUCCGUAAGUGGGGUGAUUAAAGUGCGCUGUUUCUGUUUUUCCAAACCUAUUUUGGACAAACUAAGUUCUGAAUUUUUCGUUUUGUUUUUACGUAGGUAUGAUAAUCAGACCUUGAAAAUUGUCAUUCAAGACAUGGAAAUGACAGCAAAAGAACUCAGAUGGAAAGUAAUGAAGGUAAAACUUGAGUUCACGAAGUUGUACAAAAUGUUCGCCCCUCCGACUAUACUCCAGACUGCGUCUCCGGUAUUCAACUUUAUUGUUUCCAAUUGUUUAAAGUAGUUAGACUAACAAAUCAUAUCUCUCCUAGCUAUACAUCUAAAAAUUAAUUACAAUGACCAGGGAUCUCGGGGAGUUCUUUUGAGCUUUUCUGGGGAUAUGCCGUCUAGUAUGAAUACAGGCGCAAGAUCCAUAAUACGACGACCGCAACAAGACACAAGACAGUUCGACUGGGUGUGGAGUUUUUAAGAAGGGAAACAAAAAGCCGUUUCAAUAUAGUAGGGGGUGGCCCGAAAUUGAGAACGAAGUGAAAAAAGAAACGGUUCCUCUAUCUGGAACAUGUAAGGCUCGAACGUGUGUCCGGAACGUUAUGCGGAUCAGAAUAAAAACGGAAAAAUUUCCGCAGUAUUCGUCAAGGCGAAGUCAACUAGUAUCUUUCGGCAUCUGAGAGGGAGAGCUUAGCAAGUACAAUAAUUCUUCCCUUCUUAAAUUGUACACCACGUCAACUGAAAGGAACACGCGUAAUUGGUCAAGACGAAGGGAACUUCUCUGAAAUAAAAACUGCCAAUGUUCCACCCUUAGACCCGCCUCACACCGGUCAAAUUAGACUUUCUCAAAGUUCUUCUCUCGCUCACUCUGCCACCGAAAACAUAAAAAAUUUCUAGCUCGCGCUUUGCGCUCAAGAAAAAUGUGAGCUCAACGUGUGGGCAAGUCUAGGGUCAAAUUAAAACUUAAGAAUCCGACAAAUAAAUAAAACAACUGCACUGAAUGCUUCCAUUUGAUUUCAGCCUGCUGACUUCAGUGAUUUUAAGUUCCGCGGAGGAGUGUCUCCAACACUUAACUACACAGGAUGGCUGUUUGAUACCAAUUCUUGGUCACAGAUGGUUUAUGAAAGGUAGGCGAACAUACAACAAAAGUUCAUGAGGUCUCUACUCUCAAGUUUGAUUUCCUCCAUGUAGUCGUGUGAAUCACCUCAAUUCUGUUGGACAAUUGCAUCAUUCGAGAGGUUCUGAGGAUUAUAUGCAUACAUUGCUGGAACAUUGUUUCGAACAGUAACAAUGUUGUUCCAACAUUGUUACCAUAAAAAUCGUCCCCUGCAAAUCGUCAAGUGCGGAAGUCACCUUAAAAUGUACAAUACAUUUCGUUCCUAAAUACGUAACAGAUGAGGCUAACUCUCACACCAUUUACUCAUUUCAGAUAUAACCCAUUUUUGGACCAGGGCGUGUCACGUUACGAGUUUCUCUUUCACAUGAGAAGACACAAACGAGCGGCAUUUUUCAAGAUAUUUUUACCUCCGUUGUUCAUAGCGCUAGUGGUAAGUACAAGUCAAUGGAAAAUAGGCCUUUUACUUUAGUUGAUAACGUGAUCAACUUUCGGUAAACACGAAACAGCGCACUUGUAAACAUUUACACGUGCGCUGUUGGGCGCGCGGGGCACGUGCAAGUUUGAAAACAAAUGCAUGCACUUACUCGCUCGUGCGUUAUAAAUCAAACAAAUAGAAAAAGAAACGCGUCUCUUAAAAGAAAAAUUUACAAGGCGGAUAAUCUUGGAAUUUAUGAGAUUUUUCCUUUUUUUUGUCAACAAUUACUUUUUUAAUUUAUUGUACACUUAUUCCGGAUUAACUUUCUAUUUUAUACGUAAUCCUUUUCUCUUUGUAGGUAUGUUUUUCAUUCUCUAUUCCACCUAAUGAUGCCUCCAUGCGACUUUGGAUCGAUGGGUGAGUCUUGAUUUCAUCUUUAUUGUACAUUACAUUCCUUAUGACUGGUUAUAAAGACAUAAUCGUUUUUGGAGCGUGGGCUUAAAUCGUCUCCGUCGAAUUAAAACUGGAGGUUUUUUUUUUCGUAAAUCGCGUUACGUAGAGACCCCGCAAACUUGUUAAUGUUAUUUGCUGUUGCUUUUGUUAGACUAUAUGAAGAUCACUCUACUGACAGACAUUAUGUCGCCAUUUGCAAGGGUUAAGUGUUUGGAAAUAUUUAUUGGUCUGUUCUUUUGGUUUGCAGUUCGCUAUUAGUUUCCGCCGUUAUGUUUCAUGCGAGUGUUAGUGAACAAACUCCAGAUACGCCGGUGAGUUUUGCCGUUUGACUUAUACAGCGUACCAACUUAGGUUAUCUGCUUCGGCAGAAAUCUUAAAGUACAUUCAUAAAGACUAUGAAGAUUAUCAGCCAACGAAUCUAGCUGUGGAUGGUUAUAUUCAAUCAUUUUCGCACCCAUAAAAAAGAAUAGGUCAUAUUCCUACACUGUAUUCUAAACCCGUCCGUUUUUAUUUAAUCUUUUUUGCAGGAGUUAACAUUAGCUGAUCGAUUCAUGGUUGGAGUUUAUAGUUUUAUCUUCGCAUCAUUUAUAGUGACAAUAGUUAUGUUGAGACUUCAACGAGAAAACUAUUAUUACUUGGCAGAUAUUUUUUAUAGCUACACGGAAUGGCUGGUAAGCUGAAGUUAUUUUCUUUGCCUUGGAAGUGUAUUAACAAUUUUGGCUCUGUUUGUGGUUGUAUGUGUGUUGUUUUUUCUAAAGUUGUAAGAAAACGAUAAACGAAAUUUCGUUUAUCGUUUUCUUACAACUUUUCAUCUGUAAAAUUAAUGCUACACAACUACACAACUCUUCUACUCUCAGUAAUUGACAUUCAGGUUAAGGAAAUGUUGUGACCCUGUUCGACCCGAUAUGGUCUAGACCUCGCUAUACAUUCAUAACACAUUAAAUUUUGAGAGAAUAUUGAGAGAAAAGGGCCAUUUAUACAAAGCGCAUUUUGCCUGAAAUAAAACUCGACUUAGCUCAGACACGUCUUAUCUAAGAACAGCCCAUAACAUCUGUUCUUACUGAAGACGACGACGACUUUUUAUAAACGACCUUUACCUUCUGCUUUAGCUUAUGUUUGUUUUGUUUUUUCCAGGUUUGGUUCACAGCACCUACAUUCUUUUUCUUCCUUUACUACAUGAACUUAUCUCUGUACCACGUCUUAUUGUAUGAACUACUAGCAGCUUUUUUGUCCCUCACACUAAACAAAUUUUUUUCCCGCCUCAAGUAAGUACAGAAACUGCAAGGCCAGGGGAAUGGAUACAAGCUUUCGGGGCAAUGGUUUCUGGGAACGUUUAGUUGGACAAGCGUUCGUUCUGAUUGGUGAAUGGUUGAUUCUGAAUACCAUCGACCAAUCAUAA